CUUGGGCUUGGCGCGACGAAGCUUGGCCGCGCUGACGUCGCCCGGUACCCUGAGGCCAUUACAGUUAGCAGGUAAAGGAAUUGUAGUAUGCAGCGGCACAAGCUUCAAUUCCCCAAGUGAACAUGGCCCUGCGCGUAGGGAACAAGUCCUCGCCGAGCUGUGCUGCCUUGACGGUGCUACAGCAGGGCGAGUCAGCGGUGCUUCACAACGGUGACGCCUUCAGCUUGAUCUGCACACGACCGGACCUAGCCAUCCAGGUGCACAUACUACCAGCCGCACAGGGGCCGCCGGCCGACGCGGCUACGCGGGAGGGAACCGCUGCCGGGUACAUGCCCGCCGGCCGCGAAGGUGGCGCGGCCGUGGCCGCGCCACCUGGGAGCGCGCCCAGCACCAGCCACAACUCAAGCCCAGAACGCGUUGUAGCACCCACAACACAACCAUCUCAGCAAUCCUCUCGGCACACAGAGGCGUCCGGAUCCUACGUUACCGGGGAUGGGGACCUGGAUGGCCUCAGCGAUGAGGGGGCGGACAGCGGGCGGAGCGGGGGUGCGGGGCCAGGUCCGGGCAGCUUAGCAUCGCCUGUAUCUACGGGUAAAGGCCAGCGCGGCAAGCGCCGCGGUCCUGGUGCCGGCGGGAAGGACACUGCACGUGGCGUAGGCAACAACAAGCCGCCCGUCCAGGGUUUGCCGCCAGUCCUGCUGCUGUUUGCGGGUUUGCCGGGAUCAGGCAAAAGCACCUUCAGCCGCAGCCUGCAGGAUGCCUCCACCGUGUCCUGGGUGCACGUCAACCAGGACGCAAUAAACAAGGGCAAGCCCGGCAAACGCGAGCAGUGCGUUGCGGCGCUGCGCGCCGCCUUGGCUGAGGGCUCCUGCUGCAUCAUCGACAGGUGCCACCUGGACGCCAGCCAGCGGGCCACCUUUCUGGAGCUUGCCGCCGAGUGCCACGUGGCGGCGCACUGCGUGGCGCUGGCCAUUCCCGCCCAGGCGUGUGCUGGCCGCGUGGCGGCCCGCACGGAUCACCCCGGCGGCGUGCAGGGCGACAACAACCGGGCUGUCGUGUUUCGCAUGGCCAAGCAGCAGGACAGCAAGGGCUGGCCGCCCACAGCCGCAGAGGGCUUCACCUCCGUCAUGGACUGCUUCACAGACAGCGACGCCAAUGCCGCGGUGCGCGCCUGGGCGGCGUACGGCGCCGCGGCAGCUGCAGGGGGAAGCGGCGCCGCCGCCGCCCUGACAACGGCUACAGCAGUGGGCGGGAGCUCAGAAGGCGCAAAGCCUGUUGGUGCGGCGCAGGGUACGGCUGAGGCGCAGGCGGCACCGACGCUAGCCAUGUGGCAGGCGUACGUGGCGAAGCGCAAGCCGCUAGCGGCGGCUACGGCUAUCACGGCAUUCUUCAAGCCAGCUGCGGCAAAGGCAGCGGCAGGGGCAACGGGGACGGGGGCGGUGCCGGGUGUGAAAGCAAUGGCAGCAGGGAAGGCGCCGGCAGCCAGCGCGGCCACAGAGGCAGGCCCUCAGCAGGCUCCCGCGGCCGGCGGCUCGCAAGUCGGGGCGGCGAGGUCGGCGCCGAUGGCCGGCGCCAAGGCUGAGCCUGGCUCAGCCGUCACGGGAGCCCGACAACGAGGCGCUGAGUCGCCACCAGCAGCUGAGCAGCGCCCGGCGAAGCGGCCCGCGACGGCGCAGCCGUCAGUGGGGGUGGCACCGCAUGGCGGGGGCACAGGCGCGCCGGCAGGGAAAGGCGCGGGGUCGCCGGGGUCUGGGCACGCCGCAAAGCCGAAUGCUGUGCCGGGGAGCCAGCAAUCCCAAGGCAACAGCGGCGGCGGUAGCGCGUCGGGCACUGGGGCAGCAUCCCCGAGUCCCGGGGGCGGGGCCAACGCCUUCGCCGUGCUGAUGAAGGGCUCAAGGCAGGCGGCGGCUGCAGCGGCAGGCGCCAAGCCAAGUCCAACAGGAGUUGCGCGGGCGACCCUGGGUGGCGCUGACGUGGACAAGCGCUUCAAGCUGGACAGCCCGUGGGCGCAGGCGCUGCGCAAGGCGGCGCAGGACCCGGAGGGCUCGCAGCAGCAGGUGCUGCAUAAGGACGAGGAGGUGGUGAUGAUCAUGGAUGCCUUCCCCAAAGCACGCAGCCACGCGCUGGUGAUCGCGCGCGACCCCGCACUGCGCAGCAUUGCGGACCUGCGGGCAGAGCACCUGCCGCUGCUGGAGCACAUGCGGCAGGUAGCACUGGACUGGAUCGCGAAGCGGAAAGAGCAGGUCCCGGGGACUGCAGCCUUCAAGCUGGGCUUUCACGCAGUCCCAUCCAUGUGCCAGUUGCACCUGCACGUCAUAUCUCAGGAUUUCGACUCGCCGGCGCUCAAGAACAAGAAGCACUGGAACACUUUUACAACCGAAUUCUUCAGGCCGCUGGACCUGGUUCUCCGCGAGCUUGAGGGCCACGGCAAGCUCACGCUGAUCAGCGAGGCUGAGGAGAAGCGUUUUGAGGGCCAGGAGCUGCGCUGCCACGCCUGCGGACUGGCGCAGAAGUCGAUUCCCGCGCUGAAGAGCCAUAUUGUGGCCUGCGACGCGGUGAAAUGCUUGCCUGGGCUGUGAGGUAGGAUUUUGUUGUAUACACUGAUUUGGUUUGCACUUUGCAAACAAACCUUCUGUGAAGUUUGGCGGGAAGCCGCGUUGGCUCCGCGGGUCAGGUUGCUUUAUUUUGGGGCUGAAGGCUUUGCGCCAUUUGCAUUGCUCGCUGCCAUGUGUGAACAAUUGCGCGGCCGGUUGCCUUGCUGCAGUCGCGACGAAGUAAGGGCAUGGGGCAGGGGGGGCUUGCCCAUUGCCCGCCUGCUCGCAGCUGGCGCCAGCAUUUAAGCCAUGCGUCGGCCCGCCUUU